AUGAGUUAUCUCCGGGGCACUACUCUCCACACCCUGUGGCAUCUUCUGUGCCCAGCGUCCCAGUUGUAUCAAUGGGAUGAACAAUGGUUGCUGGAUAAAAACUCACAAUCAAUGAUCUCAAGCACAGAUGCCUCUAGCGAAGCCAAUACUCCCACCAACCCAGACGACGCCAACCAUCACGAUCUAGAGAAAGGAGGCGAUGCCAACAAUCUUCCCAGCCACUCGCGCAGUGAUGAUACCUUCGAAUCAAAGUCCUACCUCGUCGACUGGAUACCUCAUAAUGAUCCCGAGGAUCCUCAGAGCUGGCCUCUAUGCAAAAAGCUCUUCGCGUCAUUUCAGAUCUAUAUAUAUACCUUCACGAUAUACAUGGGUGGAGCCAUAUUCUCGUCGAGCGAAAGUGGAAUCCAACAUGAAUUUGGAGUCAACCACACGGUCUCUGGCUUGGGCUUCGCUCUCUACCUGAUCGGCUACGGCGUUGGACCUUUGCUCUUUAGCCCACUAUCAGAGAUCCCAACUAUAGGUCGCAACCCUCCAUACAUGAUAUCACUCAUUAUUUUUGUGAUCCUCUGUGUCCCCACAGCCCUGACGAAGAGCUACGCUGGCUUAUUGGUGCUCCGAUUUCUCCUUGGCUUCUUCGGAUCCCCCUGUUUGGCAACGGGCGGCGCCACCCUCGGCGAUAUGUUCCCCCUGACUAAGUUACCUUUCGCCAUGUUGUUCUGGGCCAUCGCUAUGACCACCGGUCCGGCAGCUGCGCCUGUGAUCGGAGGCUUUAGCGCAGUCGGUAAAGGAUGGCGGUGGACUUCUUGGGAGAUCCUCUGGGCAGCCGGUCCAGUGUGCAUCCUCAUGGUGCUCUUUUUGCCGGAGACAAGUGGCGCGACCAUUCUGCAUCAUCGUGCCAAGAGGAUUCGCGCACAUACAGGCGAUGAAAGAUAUUACUCUCAUGGGAGAAGAAUCAGAAGAAAACGACAGUUCGCGAAAUUUCCUUCGAAGCGCUCUUCCCUAUGCUACGCCAUUUUCUACAGCUUUUUCGAGUCAUUUCCUCAUGUAUAUGGUGAGAUGUACGGAUUCGCAUCUGGACCGCAGGGGCUCCCAUUCUUGAGCAUCACCGUUGGAACUCUAGUUGCUGCAGUUGGGUAUAUGAGCUACAACUACUUCAUCGUGGAGCGCCGAAUCCACGCUGGCAUUUCGCCCUCACCGGAGGACCGGUUAUUUUUGGCUCUAUUCUCAACACCUUUGAUGCCAAUCGGUCUUUUCAUAUUUGCAUGGACUAGUCGGGCCGACAUUCACUGGAUUGUGAGCUGCAUAGGUGUGGCAAUCAAUACGUGCUGGUUGAUCACCAUGUACCAAUGCGUCUUCAUGUAUCUGCCUCUGGCCUAUCCGCAGUACGCCGCCAGUCUCUUUGCUGGGAACGACUUCGUUCGAUCUGCCAUGGCUGGCGGCGCGGUUCUUUUCGGGCGACCUCUGUUCGCUAAUCUCGGUGUUGGGAAGGGUGUUUCACAUCCUAGGGGCUCUCGCGGCUGGACUUAUCCCGGGUAUCUAUAUCCUGUAUUGGUAUGGUGA